AUGGAAUUACGAGCUAUAUCGGGUUGCCUUAUUAUUAUAGUUUUGUCCAUCGUGGCCGCUGAUAAAACGUGUCUGGUGGGAAAUUCUGAAUUGCAAAAACUUCAGGAAACCCUCCACAAUAUAGAUCAAACGAUUUACUCUCUCGUGGAUGAUAAAAAUGACGAUUCCGAGUGCCGCAAGACGUUGAAGCAAAUCAACAUACGGUUGAAACAGUUAUCGCAACGCUACAAGCUCAUGAACAAAGGAUAUGUGACCCAAAAGGAGCAGCAAGAAAUGAUGGAAGAUUAUAAAAAACAGGUUGCAGGGCUGGAAUCAGAAAUUGCUAAACUUAAAGAUCAACUCGAAGGCGAUAAACGUGGAAUCAUUGACAAUUUGAAGGCGGAAAUCGAAAAACUCACUAACGAAGCGAGUAUGCUGAGGUCACAGUUGUCUGCAAUCCAACAGAAAGUAGAUGAUGUCAAGAAACAACUGUGCAUCCGAUAUUUGGCUAGCAAAAAUUUGGAUAAAGCAAUACAUCACUUGAAGUCGAUGAGGUCUCACCAUCUGAUGGACAUGAUUCAACUGACGUACGACGAGCGAAAAAAAUCCAACUUCGCCACUCUCAUCCUGUUUAUCGAUGCAUACCCAGACCUGGAUGAUCGAGCUGAAGCAUUUUUAAGAUUGUUAAAUAGGACAAUGAUGAAUUUCGACACCGACUAUGCGGAUUUUGUCCUAAUGGAAACCAAAGUUCUUCGUCUGGUGGAUUCCAUCGAAAAAAAAAUUUCUAUAACCGAGGAAAAAGCUGAACAACUUAAAGGAAAAUUAUCUUGGUUCGCCUCAAUGUCGUAUAAUGCUUUCCAAGUGUGGGCCACCGGUCUAAGAAAUGGUAUUCCCCACGAAUUGAAGGUAAAUUUUGAAAUGCUUCAUCGGAAACAGGUAGAACACAUAGAAACUCUUCUUCACUACAAUUUUUUAAAAGAAAACGACAGCUUGGUGAAAUUUGAUAUGAUAAGAAACUUUGUUCGGCUGCUAGGAAUGACUCACGGCAUCAAUAAGUACAAGGGAUCCGAACUGUUGCUGAAGCGUAAUAUUUCUUACACUUUGAUGUCGAUUAUGUCGAUCGGAAUGGAUGACAUUUUUUCAACUUCGAUGGAUAUCAAAGACUCUAUGAAAUCAAUCAUGGGUCAAAUGCCCGAUAGUCUCAAAAACAUUGAACACUGUUUGAAUGCAGUGAAAGUUGUCCAGAAAAACAGAGAGAGAUGCAUUCAAUUAACCAAUUAUAAUACACAGCAAUUCAAAAAUAUAGGAAACGAAAACCUUAUUGGCCAUUUUAAUAGAACAGUCGUCACGUCUCAAAAGCAAGCAUGUACAGUAUUUCGAAUCAUUCCAACUCCAGAUAUGAUGUUUGUCGAGCUGAAAACUUCGGAAGGAGUCGCAUUUUCAGCAAUAGAUUCAUUCACACCGGGAAUUGUCUCGUACACAAGCUAUGUCGGAACUAAUCAGGUGCCGUUGCCGGGGUUCAAAUCACAAACCGAUUCCAGAUGGUUGAUUGAGCCAAACUACACCAAUGAAACGGUGAAAAUAACUUCCGAAUUCAAGGUGUACAUACAUUUAAGGACUAGGGACUACUUAAUAACGGAAAAUAUUAACAGCUCUCCGACGGUUGUACUGCAAAGAUACGGUUACCAUCAGGUUUAUUUUGGAGGCCGGGCAAAUCUGGCCGAUUGGAUUUUGAAGUGUUCUGAUGAAAAAGUGAAGUAA